UUUUAGAAACAAAAUAAAAAUCUAAAACAAGAUAGAAUGCAUAAAUUAUUCAUUACAAGUACUAGAUAUAAUACAGGUGCUGUAAUAAUAAUUAUUAGUGGACGAGUGAGAAACACUUUUUUUUAUAUUAGUUCAAAUUUUAUGGUGGAGUCUGGAAGUGAGUUUUGAGAUGAGCAACAUUGCUGAUGAGUUUUUCACGAAGACUGCUAGUACUGCAACUAAAUUUUCACCUAGAAGUCCACUCUAUUUUAACGACACAACAGUGACAGCAGGAGAGUCACGAGGCAAGCCGAAAGGAUGUUCAUGCUGUCUGGUGAUAAAAUCUGUGUGGGGAAUCACAAAAUGCUUCAUUUUCAUGAUAUGUGCGACGUUCUUCUUCUACCAAGCAUGGGCGUUUUACGAGCACUACUUCACCUACCCUUUGACGACAAAUAUCGCUGUCAUUAAUCCGGAUUACUAUAAGAUGCCUGCAAUAACAUUUUGCAACAGAAACUUAAUAAAACGAACAUAUUUCUGUGGAAAAUAUCCUGAUUUGUGCUCAAAACCAAACAACUUGACGGAAUUUUGUGAGAAGCAUCCUUACAUGUGCAAAGGCGAUGUUUCAAAAUUAGUUAUUCCAAUGUUUGGAUAUUACACCAAUUCGUCGACGCGUACUCUUCAGAAUAUUACGAAAAUUCUUCAACAGCUUGUGUUUACUGCCAGCCACACAGGAUUUAAACGUUUUCCUGAAAUUGAAAUGGAAAAAUUAUGGGAGGAAGUUUACGUCAUGGAUACGGGGAUACUACCCUAUACCAGAUGUUAUUCCUACAAUCUUCGUGUUUUUGACAAGAAUAACCAGACAACGAGGCGUAUAGUAAUGCAAACGAAACGAGGCUCAGUGAGUGUAACUAUACAGCAAAAGAAAGAGGAAUCUCUUUUCCCUUGGUCCGAGUCUCAAGUUUUCUUGUCAGUUCACUCUCCCUUUACGCCAGAAAAUGCCAUAGAAUAUGGGCAUGUAUUGAAGUCUGGAUUCAAAUACGGUUUAAUUGCACGAUUGGAAGAGGAACACCUCCUCCCUGCUCCGUAUGCAACGAACUGCACAGAUUAUGAAGCCUUGUGGUUCCAGAAUAACAAGACGGGGGCCCGGUCACAUGAUAUGUGUCAAAGCUUGUGUUCUUGGAACUACAGUAUGGAGACUCGUGGCUGCGAAUACCGCCUCAAUAUGUUUCAUAAGUGGGAAAAUAUAUGUCCUGACGAUAAUCCUGGAUGGGGCGAUUUCUCAGCUUUUGUGGAUUGCCUCAAUAAUUGCAAGCCAGAUUGCCUGAAACUGAAGUAUAUCUACACAGUAACAGAAGCGCCGAUUGAACCAAGCCAUGAGAACAAUUUUAAAGUUGACAGGGGCGUCAUUCAAUUUGAUCUUUAUGUAAGAGAUCACGAUGUGACAGUCAUAUCACAUGUACCGUUAUAUGGGGAUUGGGAACUGUUCAGCUACGUUGGCGGUCUCAUCGGUUGCUGGCUCGGCAUAUCUGUCUGGGCUUUUGUAGGACUUGGCGAAAAUUUCUUCCGGAAAACUAUUCAGUGCUUGAUGAAGUUAAGGGAGAAACGCGAGAAGAAUCGCAACAGUGCCUUCUGAUUUCAAAGAAAAUUCAUUCUAAUGUUAUUACGAAUUGAAAAGAUACUUAUUGCUACGUCAAAAACUUUUUAUCUUUAUUGUAUUUUGUAUUUGAAUUAGAAGGCCUAUUUCCCAACCUGCUAUAAUGAUCAAGUGUUUACUCAGACUUUACAAGAAAGGUCAAUACAUU